CAAAACACCAGAGGAAGAAGAAGACAGACAUCAACAGAGUGAAACUAUGGCGAAUGACAAGAACCCUCUUGGCCAACUCAAGGACCUGGUUGAGUUGAAAGACCAGCUGGAGGACAUUCAGAGACGGGUUGAAGAUGAGAUUCAGGCUGGAGUACCUCCAGGAGGCAGUCUGCUGGCUUCUCCUUUCUUGAAGGGUUUUCUAGCCGGGUACGUCGUGGCGAGGCUACGCUCUUCGGCUCUGAUGGGUGUUGUCGUAGGAACGUGUACGGGAAUAUAUGCGGCACAAAACUAUGCUGUCCCCAACAUUGAAAACACCGUCAAAGACUACAUACGCAACCUGAAAGGAGGAAGCAAGUAAGAGAAAAAAAGGAGGAAAAUUCAGAAGUUAAGAGAGGAGCAAGGCGGAAGACGUACAUCUACAAAACAAGGGUGCAAGUACAGCUGCAUACAGGAACAGAUAUGUAUUUCAAAAGCUAAGAAAUUUUCAGAGGUUUAUAAUUUCAUCAAAGUAGGGAAACUCUUAAAUAGCAAGCUAAGGUAUACUUACAGUGAUUUACCUCUUUUCAUCUCCAGGUUUUGAUCAAACCCCUUAAAACUCAUAUUUGCAUAUCAGAGUACAUAUUUAGAAGUUUUGUUUAAAUGAAAAUAAUCCCUUCAUGCCUUAGAAAAGCAUAAAUGUGCAGAUCUAUGAAGUCCCUUCCUCCUGUCUGUCCCUACAAUCCCUACCAUUUGCUGCAACUUGAGCACUCCAGCUCACCUACAGCUCUAAUCAAAUACUGUAAAACUAUUCUAUGCUGCACAAUAGCAAAUUCCAUUGGAGUAAUUCAACCUUACAUGUUAGAACUGGACACCAAACAAAGAAAAAUGAUACAAAAAGCCCAACCCAGUUAAUGGGAUUGGCUUUUUAGGUUUGUUAUUAAGGCUGUCAUCACUACACUGCAGUCACAGGGUGGAAAUUCUCAGCUGCAGUGUGGACAGGUUAUUUUGCUCAAAAUAUGUCUCAAUGCAUACAAAAGAACACCAUAUGUUAAUGUUAACAGGGUGAAAAAAGGGUGAUUUUCAGUGAAGGGGGUCUUUAAUUCAGUUCGGCUGUGUAUGUAUGCAGAAAGGUCCACUAAAAUGCACUUUCUAACAUGUAUGUGGAAAGAUUUGCAAUUUAGUCAACCACAGAAAAAAAACACUUUCUUUUUUAUGUGGUUAAUGAUUAAAAUUUACUACCAAGAUUAUAAAUAAUAGCUGCUGUAACUGAUUUCUGCACCCAACCUUGUCCAGCCUGAAAUUACAAUAUAUGCUUUCCAAAACUGUAUUUAUGAGACCAGUCAAUAUAUGUGUGACAGCUGUGGUGGCAUUUUUACUUCCUCACUAAAGAGAAACACAUCACGUCAUUUUUGUGACAUUCAGAAAGACAAACUUGUUCAGUUACAACAAUAAUGUAAGUCUCAGAAAUGUGUUUUGUCGUCCUCUUUCUAUCUUCUGCCCUCUAGUGUUCAAAAAUCAAUUAUAGCAGUCUUGACUAAUUUGCCCUUUUUUGCUCAGGGGGUAAAAAUUACCUCACCUCACAUCUCACGGUGCGUCUUUGUGUAAAACUUGUCAAAACCCGUCCUGGUUCUUGUUAGUUUUCACAUUGUUUGCAGGUGUUACAACAAAGUCUGUGGUGUGAAGUGAUGUGUUUCUGCAGGUGUAGAAACCCUCCUCUUCCCUUCAGACUACACCCCUGAUCUCUGUAGACUUUUCAGAUACUUCCCGUCAUUUUUAUAGUUGUGUAUGCGUAUAAAUGACUCCAAGAAUUACACACUCCAUGCAAAAAUACAGUAUACCCAUAAUUGUAUUUUUUUAAAAAAAUAUAUAUUCCACCUUAUACUGAUGAACAGAGUAAUUAAGGCUCCAGUCUGUAAGAGCUUGGGAACAUCAAAAGCAAAUAACACGUAUGCCAAAGCAAAAAUCUGUUUAAAGAUGUAGUUUUGGGAGUUUUAACAAAACAGGGAAAUGUGUGUUAAAGGUGUUUAAUGUAAAAUGUAUAUUAAGAGUGCCUACUCUGGUGUGGACUUGAUAUUAUCAUCUCAUGCCAUGUGUGCAAUAGCCUUUUUCUGAUGAGAUCUGGCUGCCUAUUUCAUAUGCUGGAAACUAGCUGAUCUUUUGCACUUGUGUGAUUUUUAAGGAGUUGAAGCUGUUACUUUCAAUCUCAUUUGACAUGACUUAUCCAAACUUGUCAAAGAAAGCGAGAAAUGUUUGAUUUAUUGUAUCAUGUGAUGAGCUGUACGUACUUUGGGUAUUUUUUUUGACAUAAAUUGGAUGAUUAAUAUGUCCAUAAACAAUGCUGCUGCUGCAGGACUCAUCAGAAACGUAAUGCAAAGAAAAAUACAAAAAUAAUAGUAGCAUACCUGAUAAUCAAUCAAACAUGAUUUAGAGAUAGUAUUUUCAUUUUGCAGGGUAGAUAUUUCAUUACAUGCACAUAUUUUGACCACUUGUGAUUAACGAAAGCUCUACUUUUCACAAGUCUUUUGUUUAAAUCUGCAAUUUUUCAGAAAUACAUUUGUAAACACUACAAUAUAGAGUGACUUGAGAAUAAAAACUUGUUUCUUAUCAAAGAAAAAAAUAGUAAAAUUGCACUAAAAUGUUUUCUUUGCUCUGCUGUCACUGUGUUGUUGCCAUUGAACUUCAGACCCAGUUGGGCCUUUAAGAGAUAUUAAGACAUAUAAGCCAUAAAGGAGGAACAUACUGAUUUUUUUUGAGAUUGUGCUCAUAUUUUCAAAGUUUUUGUGUUGACUGGAAGGUGUGUCAGAAACAUAAGUAUGUUUCGUGACUGGAACCCAGAAACAACUUGUGCCUAUUGACAACCAUUGAUGCAUGCUCUCAAUCGAUUGAUUUCCUGUCGAUUAUCAUGUUUUGUUUUAAGUAAUAACCUUUCUGGAAUAUAGAUUAAGACGAGUCGGCUGACGGUGCUUUAUAUCAGUGGCUGGUUUCAUUUACAUGAGAUAUGAAAUUCCACUGUGAUACUAUCAGAAAAGAAAUCCACCAAAACUGUCUUUAUGUGGUUUAUUUGAGUUGUUGGAAUAAAUUGCACAAUGCUGAUCAUAAAUGUA